AUGAGAAUAGCCUAAUAGAGAGAAAAUAGGAUGGAAGCUAUUUGCUUAACCAAAAAAAGAAAAUAAAUGAUUUACUAGAGUAUUUGGUACUUACAGAGGCCAAAGAAAUGAGUACACCUAUGGAAACAAGUUACCUAAAACAAAAGGAGGAGAGUGAACUUCUGCCAGACAACAGUUUUAUUUCCCUUCACCAGUCCUUUAAGGUACAGAAGAAUUGGCACAGAUAUUGCCAUGAAACCUAACCUGAAGCAAUGGAAACAACUGAUGCUGUUUGGGAUAUUCGCAUGGGGUCUCCUGUUCCUGGUGAUUUUCAUCUACUUCACAGAUAGUAACACUGCUGAAGCAGUUCCAAGUUCCUUCUCUUACAUUGAGACUAAAAGGCUUCUGCCCUUGCAAGGCAAGCAGAGAGUUAUCAUGGGAGCAAUACAUGACCCAUCCUUCUCUGAAACAAUUGAUGGAAAUGAGAUGCUUCUCAACAAAGAUCUCUUUGAUUCAUUUAGAUCAGGGACUGGAAGCAUUAAAAAAUGGACUGACCUCGAUGAUGGCUUUGAACGUGAAGAAGAGUUUUUUCCUUCCCAAUUAAGACGAAAAUCAAAAAGUGCUUUCUAUCAAACGGAUGAUGAUUAUUUAUUUGCUGCUGGUCAGCCUCUGUCACAAAGCAGUGUUCAACGAAUAGUGAAAUUAAUCUCUGCAGAGGGGGAGGAUCAGAAGAAGAAUGCUUUGCAGAAUAAUUGGCUCCCUCCAAGGAAGAUAAAGAAAAGACAUGCACGGCACAGGAGAAGCCAAAUGUUUGAAGAGUCUGAUGAGUGGGAUGGAAUAUAUUCCACAAUGUCAAAGUCUUUUCUGUACAGGCUUUGGAAAGGAGAUGUCUCAUCCAAGAUGCUGAACCCUCGCCUGCAGAAGGCAAUGAAAGAUUACCUGAAUACCAAUAAGCAUGGGGUACGGUUCAAAGGGAAGCGGAACUCCAAGCUGACUUCAGAACAGCUCUACUGUGAGCUCAAGGCACGAGUGAACAUCAGAACCAUAGAUGGCAAAGAAGCCCCAUUCUCUGUGUUGGGGUGGGAAAAACAUGUCCCACAAAUUUCCCUGACUAAACUAUAUCCACGUGGGUUUGGAAGCUGUGCUGUUGUUAUGUCUGCUGGUGCCAUACUGAACUCUUCCCUAGGGGAUGAAAUAGAUUCCCAUGAUGCAGUUUUGCGAUUCAAUUCUGCUCCAACACGAGGAUAUGAAAAAGAUGUUGGGAAUAAAACCACCAUGCGUAUCAUUAAUUCCCAGAUUCUCACUAAUCCUAAUCACCACUUCAUUGAGAAUUCCUUAUAUAAAGAUGUUAUUUUAGUGGCUUGGGAUCCUGCUCCUUAUUCUGCAAAUCUGAAUGUGUGGUAUAAGAAGCCAGACUACAACUUGUUUACUCCAUAUGUACAGCAUCGCAGGAAGAAUCCAAAUCAGCCAUUUUAUAUUCUCCAUCCAAAGUUUAUAUGGCAACUCUGGGACAUCAUUCAGGAGAACACUAAGGAAAAGAUACAACCAAACCCUCCUUCUUCAGGUUUCAUUGGAAUCCUCAUCAUGAUGUCAAUGUGCAGUGAAGUACAUGUAUAUGAAUACAUUCCUUCAGUCCGACAAACAGAUCUUUGCCACUACCAUGAACUCUACUACGAUGCAGCUUGUACAUUGGGAGCUUACCAUCCACUGCUCUAUGAGAAACUGUUGGUACAAAGGAUGAACAAAGGCUUUCAGGAUGAUUUAUACCGGAAAGGAAAAGUGAUUUUGCCAGGGUUCAGGUCAGUGAAAUGCCCUGGACAAAAUCGAUUCCCCUACACAUAAGAGUGAACCUUUCUAAAACAAUGUGCAAUAAGGUGCUACUGUCAUACUAUAAAAACAAAAAUACUUGAAAAAUCGAUCCUAGACCAACCUAGCUUGAGUCUAUAAACUGUAACUAAGUAGCAGACAUGAAUGAAGUUUUCCUUCUGAUGUCUGAAUAUUUAUUAUUAUUUUGCAGAUAGAUGGGGUUUCUCCCCCUAAGGCUUAGCUUUUGAGGAAUGCAAAGAUACAGCCUAUAGUGAGCAUAUAUAUGUGGGACCUGUCAGAAAACAUCAAAUAUUUAUACCACAUGUGCCAGAUUGCAGUCCUUUAGAAAUUUUAAAAGUGAAGUCUAAUCUAGUGAAGCAGUCCUUAAAAUGAAAUAGAAAUAAAACAUGAAGAAUUGCUCACAGUAUCAGGAUUUCUCUUCCCACAAGUGAAAAAAUACGUAGCAGUACCAGGUGUGUAUUGAAUAUAAUGAGCCAUAUUCUUUUAAUUUAAGGCCAUUUAAUUUAAGCUCUUCUGGUGGCUUCCUGAUUUUAAAAUGUUUGUGCUAGUCUAUUUUAAUGUGUAUAUUAAAAGUUCACAUAUUUGGCCAGAUACAUAAAAGGAUGCUAUGUACGGGAAAGAUUCAUUUUACCACAUGGGGGGGAAAAUUCCCAAGGACCAGCUGUUGCUCUUAGGGGAUUUUAAAAUAUAUAUAUCUUGUGGCAAGCUACUGUACAAUGGAAGCUUCAAAUGAUUAGGCUAUCAUAUGUAAUUGCAGUCUUCAAGUGAAUAACAUGGUUUGAAAGUCUGAAUCCAAAGAUAAGACAGGACUAACUUGCACUAAAUAAACUACUCACAUAAGUGAUCUUCUAGCUUGUGCAGUGUAACAUGGAGGUCAUGAAUUCACAACACAAGUUCUUGGUUCUCUGUGAAAAGAGCAAAUUACACAUUGCAGUUUCUCUUUUCGUGGAAGAAGAGCUGUGCUCAUACCAGAGUUUGCAGCUCACAUAUUACACUGCUCAAAUAGAUUACUCAUGUGAAUACUUUCCCCCCUCACAUUGGCUUCCAGGUUUAUUGUUGGAACUGACUCCAGCACAAAGAAUUCUCUUCUUGACCUCUUUAAACAUCAGAGACCAAUCUCUUCCAUUAAUCUUGUGUGUUAGGUUACACACUAAGUGUUCUCCCCAGUCAUCAUCGGUACAGUGCCCAGAAGAUUCAUGAUAGGAUCUAAUGGAGCUUUGUUUUCUCCUACCUUGGUGCAUGCAUGCAGGUGUUGCACCAGGCACUACAGGGAAUGGGAGGCCUGUGUAUGCCUCUGAUAUCUUUGUCCAGUCCAUACCCUGUGUUAUGUCCCAUGGCAAACACAUUGUUUUCCCCCAAGGCAAUGCACAGGUGCUGCACCUUCACUGGACUAGUUCAAGCUCACACCUGUUAAUGUAGUGUAUAUCUCAAGCUUCUCCCAGUCUCAUAAUUAAAGCUUGUUGCCCCUUCAGUAGCUGGCAUCCUAACAACGUGCUUGUGGAAGCAUGUCGCAUUAGUGCAGAGUUGUUGCACUAGCUACUUGCACUAAUUCUGGAGCUUGCAUUCCAGACUAGUUUUGUACUACUGCAAACAUGCUUGUGCUUCUGCAACAGUCCACAUCUGCAGCACAUCUCUUUUGUGUUGAAGGGGACAUUUGCGCAAUUGCACAAAUCUCUAGUUUAUAGCACACUGGUGCUAUUUUUUGCACUAGUGCAACUUUGCUUGUUACACAAGCACUUUGUUAGGAUGUCAGCCACGUUUCCUUUUAAAAAAUCAUUUGCAUGAUAGCCUUGAUUUUUAUCUCUCAUUGUGUAUAUUAUCAAUAUUGGCAGCUUUUACCAAAAGUAUGGUUCUGUAUCAGUUCACUAAACCUUCAGCAAUGUUUAGUAAGGAGAAAUAAGCAAGGGGACUAGUCUCCAGAAAGGUUUCAUUGUAAGCCCUGGGAGGAAAAGUAGGAAGUUGUGGCAUUGUGUGUCCCUUCCAGGUGCAUUGUGAGUCUCAGUGGUCCAUACAGCCAGAAGUAAGGUGGAGAGAAGGAACCAGUCAUGAAAGGGCAAGCAGGAAGGAAGAGGCAGCAUUGGAGGGUGAUUGUACAAACCAGGAGCCAGGGCUACAGAACUAACCUGCUUAUACAAGAACUAGAAGUAUUUAUGUGCAGUCAAGAUAAGAGGAAGCAAAUGUGAAGGAGGAAAAGGAGACAGGCCAUUAAAAGGUAGUAAGACAAGAGAACAUUCAGCAAGCUGAGUUCUGUACCAAAGAGGUGGUGCAGCAGUAAGAAAAGUAUUAACCAGCUCGAGGUUUCUCACUGAAGAGCAGCAAGUCCUAAUAGCAAUCCAAAAAUGUUCAAGUGCUGUUUCUGCAUUUCCCCUUGCUCUUCCCUCAAGCACCUAGUAGGAAGAUCUAUAAAUGGAAACCUUAUUCUUCUCCUAGAUCAUAAGAAUGUAAGAAUUGCCUGGCAAGAUCAAACUAUGGUCCAUCUAGUCCAACAUUUCAUCUCUCACAUGGUCAACUAAAUGCCUCUAGGAAAUUCAUAAGCAGGGCAUUAAAGUUGAUGAUUUUUAUCUGUGGUUUGUCCCCAGCACCUAGGCAUUGGAUGCAACUGUGUCUAAUAGCCACAGACCAUGCACUUUUCUAAUCUAUUUUUAAAGCCAUCUAAGCAGGCAUUUUUCUCAGCGUGUUGUUAUCCCACGAUUACUUCUUAGAUUCAAAAUGGUGGCCAUGAAUUCCAUAAUUUAAUUUGGAUCAGGAAUGAGAUUGGCCUUUGUGUCAUGCAUAUGGCAAAUGGAAAAAGCUCACAACAAAUAAGAACUCUUCUUUGGAAACAAAUUCCUGACCAAUAACAUGAACACUGAAUAACUUCUCACUUUGUUGUGUGUGCAAAAUCAUGCAUAUCCUAGGAGAGAAACGGGCAAUGGUCAUCUCCCACUAAGCUGCCCUUUAAUAUUUUCACCCAGCUCAGUCCUACCUGCACUUGACGUAUAUGCUUCUGCGCUGUUCUUAAAAAUAAUCACAGAAGUAUAAAUGCUUUUGAAUAGACAUUUUAUUUUAUAUGGCAGCACAUUAUGAAUGUCCAAGAUUCCAGUUCUUAUAUGCACCUUAAUGAAAAUGACAGUAUAUCAAAAGACUUCCUACAUAUUUUCAUUUUCAUUAAGAUGCAUAUAAGAAUUAGACCUCUUGGACACUCCUUCAGGAGUCUUCACUAAAUAUACACUGUCCAUAUAACAUCGGAAAGUAACUUAGAAGUGUUGCUCUUUCCCAAAGGGUAGACUAGCACAAACUUGUGGAUGCCACAGAUCUCCAGUCAUCCUUUAACAAACAGCUUCCAAAGCCUGGUUUCCCAUCUCAUGUUUUAAAAGUGUGCCAACACAAACACUUCCUCCGUUUAAGCUGUUGUUAUUUAUUCCGCUGACAUCAGUGGACUUUGGACUAUGAACUUUAAAAUAUUAUCCUUGGUUCUUCCCCUAACAGUAUUGGUUUUGCAAAAUUGAAGAAUUCCAGUGCAUCUGGAUCGUGGGCGAGGUGGGAGGGGGUGUUUAGGAGAAGAGUGGAGGGAAUAAUAGCAGAAUAUUACCUACACUAAUCUACUCUUCCACCAUUCUCUUACUCCUUAAAUUUUUUAAAGUUUAAAAAUUGCUCUCACAAGUAAAGGAAAACAGCAGAAUCAGUGAUAGCUUAUCAAAAGUUCAAACCAUUCAUUUUAAGACAGUGAAUGAAUAUAAAAUGUUAAAUAGAUUUUUUGUAUGUUUUCUUAGGGCAUCUUACAGUAUAUAAUGCAUUUUCAUCCUACAUCAGAUUUAUAAAUAUUGCGUAUAUGUCUGUUACUCCUACUUGAAGUCAGUGAGAAUUCUCAUUUUAAAAGUACUAAGCUUGCUUAAAGCCUUUGCUUUAUUUGCUAGUUAAAAAGCAAGCUACGUAAUAAUAAUAAUUUUUAAAAGAGUAUGGGUUGGGUGGGAGAGGUGAGUUUCGAUUGGCUGGUUGGCAUAAUGAAAGCCUCACACUUUCUCUGCACUGAUGGUUGUACAGAUGAAAAGUUGCACUCAACAUUUUGGGUAAAAAUGCUGAUUUUCUGCUGUUAUUUGUUAUGGUCAAUGCUUUCCACUGUGAAUUUUUUAACGUGGUGCUCUCUCAAUUUUUAUACAUAACGCCUUUAGAUAGUUAAAUCAAGGUGUUCUUAUGCUUGUUACAGGGAAUUUCUUGAAACUAUCGACCAAUCUUGGUUGCUGAACACAAAAAUCAUUUUGUAUCUGAUCCACACUUUCUGGGAAUAAACACAUUGGGGUUUACUUCUGGGUAAACAUGCAUAGGACUGCACUGUAAGAGGCAUAUUUAGAGGGUCAUUAGACUCAGUUUUUCUUUUCAACCCUCAUAACUGUUAUGUUGCUAGUGUUAAAGCAAGUUGAUACACAAGUCUGUGUAUAUGCCGUGAUUUUGAGGAAGCACAAGAACAGUGCAGAAGGUAGUAUGAGGUGUAGAAUCAAGUUUCCUGAGAACCUUAGCAUUGAUUUUUAAAUCAACAAGUUUCUAGCCUUUAUGGCUGUAAUGAUAUUUUCAAAGUGUGUGCACUAUCUGCUGAAAUCUUAUCAGCCAGAGAGCUGUCUGAAUAAGAUUUUGAAGGUCUGGGUCAUGGUUUCUGUGUCCUGAAUACUCGUUUGCCCUUCCCUAUGAUGUGCAGAACCAGAAUGAAUUAUGCAAGUAGUAAACAUUGACUAAAUUAUGUAAACCAUUCAAGUUUGUUUAAUUUACUAAUGAAGGUCACAGAAUUCAGCUUUUCUUUCUACAGAAUUUGAAUUGCCUUGCAAUCCAGAAUGUUAAUUAAUUAAGCACAGAAUAUGCACAGCCCUUUGUUGACACAGUUAACCUUGUGACAGUUGCCAUGAUAGCUCAGUAAUGUGAAAGUUGGAAACAUCUAAUGUCAAUUCAAUUACAUAUGCGGUGCGGAGUCGUCUCAAACAAAUAAUGCAAACUAAGAGCCAGGUGAUAUAAGAGGCAAUGAUAUCAGGUGCCUCUUGGUGUGGUGCUGAUACUAGCAGUUUGAAUGUGUGAAGUGCACUUAAGGCUAUAUGCAGUCUGUUGCACCCUUUGCUCCAGAUGAAUCACAAACAACUAUUGUGUGAUGGUUGCUAUGAUCAUUAAUGCCAAUUAGAAUCACACACCAGCCUUAAACUGAAAGAAUGAAAAAACCCUACCCUAUCCUCACUUUAAUCAUCUUGACUGUGAAUACAAAAAAGGUAGUUUUUAAAAGGUGUUUUAGAAAUAAUUAAUCCAAACUGCAGUACAGUUUAACUAAUAAGUGAUUGAGUGUAUACACUCUAGAGAAUACACCUAAACACAUUUAACUGGAAAUCAGUUGUGUUAACUUCAGUGGAGCUACCUUCCAGUUUUAGGGUGCACUACUGCAGGCAUCUAAAAAUUGUUGGGGUCUUGCACUAGAGCGCAAGUGCACACAUACUUAAAUCAGUCACCUACACUUUGUAUAAACUACGUAUAUAGUUUCCAAGGUAAGUAACAUGCUUGAAGUGUGGGUGUGUUGCUUUAAAUUUAUACAGUGCUUCCUUAGAUGCCCACAGCAGUGUAGGUUGAUUGGAAACACCAGCAUAACACUGUGCAGCUUGUGGACCAGUGAAAUUAUGCCCCUAAGAACAAAUGUGUUUGCAUCAAGAGAGACCUGCAUCUCAUCAGAGUAUUUGGAAUAAGAGGAGAGUCUAGAUUUAUUGACAAAAGACAACCACCAUUUAAUUAAUCUGCUAACAGACAUGCUAACACUGAACCCUCUAAGGAAUGGAAUCCCAUUCCUUUCUCCAGAGUCUCUGACUUUGCUUGCUUUUCAUCUCUUUCUUGCCUAUGUAGGGCUCAAGGAAAAUUCAGAAGUGGCCUGUCAUGUACUGUCCUCUCUUCUGUUAAACCCCUUCUCCAUGUGCAAUGGUCCCAAGCCAGAUCAUGGUGUUUUGUUUUUUUACCAACAAUAAAUAAAUAAAUUGGGGUGGGGGGACUUCGCAAUUGUUGUCAACAGACUUAACAUCACCUACAAUUUGGUCUUAAGGCACAGGGGAAAUUCACAUGGAUGUUACACACAUCAAGUAAAGAUCUGAACUCCUUGCAGGAAAGCUGCUGGUGUUCCACACUUGUUAAAAAUCGCUCUUUCCUUCGAUCACUACAUUGAAAAUAUUGGCUGACAUUCAGAGCAACAAACUGCUAGCCGAACAAGGAAAUGUGCAGUAAUGUAUAAAGUUAGUUCAGUUGCAGUAAAAAUGAGGAUUGCGUUAAGAGUGCUAUUGGACUAUAGCACUCUUGGGCAAAAGUUCCCAUUGAUAUAAUGAGGUGUGCCACAAUUGCACAACUGUUGUGCAAGCAUGCUUGCGGGUAGUACAGCACUAAUCUGGAACAUAGCCUCCAGACUUAGCACUACUAGCUAACACAACAGUUUUGCACUAGCUCAGUCUUUCUGCAAGUGUUUCAUUGCUCUGGAUGUCAGCCAUUAUUUGCAUUCUGGAUAAUUCUUAGCACUUGAGUAGAAUUUCCUAGACAGACUUUCAACUAGGCUAUUCCUGUUAGACACAAGUUGAACUUUGACUGCUAAUUCAGGUGCUCCCUGAUGUGAGUUGCCUGCAGUCUGUAGUUGUUUAACCAACUCAAACACACACAUACAGAGAGCCUUUCAAAAGGCAAACUAAUUCAUUAAUGGUACAAAUUUGUUAUGGAAAGAACUACCAGAAAGGAUCUGUCAGAAAUCAACAUAGUUUAGCUGGUGCUUAAACUGGGCACCAACGAGAUUAGUAUGAAUGGAAAUUCCUAUUAUUUUUCUCUUGGAUUGCAAAGCGUCAGCCAUUUAACAUGAAAAAAUUCAAUCUCAAAUCAAAUGCAUUUUUCUUUGAAAACAAGGAAUGUACAGUUCUUUCUUAUCAUUUGCAAACUUCAGCAACAUUUUAAAAAGUCCUCAUAGAGGACAUAACAUUUCCACAAUACUGCCACCUUCUGUGCAAAGAGGACACCUGGUUUAACUGUUUAGAUUUUAAGUCACCCAUGUCUACUGUAGGCUUAUUUAAUUAAAAUGAAUUUUUGAUAUCACUGACUUUUUCUUUUACUUGAUGAUAUGAGUUGAAUCUUCAUUCUUGAAUGAUCAUCUGUGCACAUGCCUUAUUCAUACAUGCCAUCUCAUUCUCUAAAGCUGUAGUUGCUGAGCUAUUCAAGUAGAAGACUGUGUACUUUUUAAUAGCCUUGAGAAUUAUUUUAUAUGAUGAUUUUUUAAGUGAAUGUGCACUCUUCAAGAAAUGAAAGUUUGAGAUUUUCCAGGAGUCACAUUUUUAAACAGUGUUUGUAUACAUUUUAACACUUUUGUAUUUUCUAUUUUGGUUUUAUAUAUUUUUAUGUACGCACAGUGUACAGAUUUUUCUUGUAAAUAAAGUUUGUUUUUUAUUUGA